AUGACCGAGCCACGCGCCGAUCUCGAAACAACCAUCACCGACACCAUCACCGGCAAUGUCACCAUCACGAUAACUACCACAAUCACCACCAACUUCGCCACAGCCACCACAACAACCGCGACGACGAUCACCACUUCUGCCCGUGCCCGUACCCUCACUACCGCCAUUCCCGAUGGUGAUCAGCCGCUGAAUGAGCAAGAACAGGCUGGUACCAUGCUCUUCGCGCCUAUGUCGACGGCAACAGCACUGCACCAUGAUCGACAUCACUCAUCUGUCCGCAUAUCUCCCUUCAUCUCGCCCACAAGAUACGAUCCUCGUUCCCUGGAAGAGUUCUGCCUUUGGCUCGGCUCCUGGAGUCGUCGGGUCAAGCAUCCUACCUACUGCCCAGUUAAAGACAGAUUGCCGUUGCGAAUGUCAGACUGA